GACGCAUGUAGAUUUAAACAUCGACCGCGCCUAUCCACACCGCCCCGGCUCUAUCCGGUGAUGGUAUGCAUGCCAAUCAGGGGCUGCCAAACUCACCUUUUGCCAACGGCGCAGUCAUCGUGAGUCGAGACAGAUCUUGGGGAGCCUGUUCCCCGCCAAGACAGCUUGGAUGAGAUGAGUGAAAUAAUGUAUCCCAGUGCUUUGGGAGGCAAAAGAGAAGGCGAAGAGGAGAAACGAAGCAGCCUGGCAGUCUCGGCGAUAGCGGCCGAUAGAGCGCGUCAUGCCCCGCUGAGGGUCCCGCACGUGGUUCCAGAAACCCUUAUCCGCAGGCCCUAACAACUGUCCCCUUUCGGACAAGCUGUUUCUCCACCGGCACGCGUUGAUGAGGGAGUUGGAGUUGGAGAUAGCAUCACCAUCUGGCAUUCCAUCCACAGAGCAGGACAUCUAUUCUAUUCUGUGCAUUGGAAUCCCUCAAUAUGUCUCGUCCUACCAUCCCGCCACAGCGAAAUCUGACGCUCACAGAGGAGUUGGAAAAGCUCGAGCAGUCCAUUACUCUGACACUGCAAGAGAUCGAUUCAAAUUUCAGUCGAGCCCAUCGCAUUGUCACAACAACUAUUCUCCCGAUCGUGGAACAAUACGCGGAACACUCGAGAGAUGUCUGGGAGGGCGCAAAGUUCUGGAAACAAUUCUUCGAAGCGAGUGCCAAUGUCUCAUUAUCGGGUUACGAAGAUCAGCCCAACGAGGACGCAACGGAGCAGGAACCGACAGUAACUGAAGGAGACACGACGGCAGCCGACACCACCCAAACCGCUGAAGAGCACACUUCAUACGAAGACCAAUCCUCGCAACAUAUCGACCUCGAAAAUGAAGAAGAUGAAGAUUUGAACUUCUCGUCACUCUCCCUAUCUCAGGGUCACAGUACUCCCAGAGUGCAUCCUAGUCAGAAAACAAAAAUCGAGGAUGAUGUGACGAGUUCAUCCAUUCCAUAUCCGUCGCCAUACGAAACUCUACGGCAAGAAGUCGUGGAAACGGAGGCGCCGUCCGUGUUACGGGACGCAGCUCUUAGCACUCCUGGGAAGUUUACGUCGCGCACCCAUGAUAUAACGGAGGACAUCUCAGUGACACCUGGUUCCUCACCUUUCAUCCCCCCAGCAUCCCAUAUCAAGCAGGAAACGGCCCAGAAAAGCAAGUACCAAAAGUCAACCGACCCUGUCCUUCAUCGUGUGCUGGAUAAGACCUACCGCGUCCAGGCCACGCCCUUGGGCAAGGGAUACGGCAACACCCGCAGCAAGUUCGCCAUAACGCCCAAGACGAAGCCGGCAUCGAAAUACAACUUCGAUGAUUCACCCAUCUCCAGUCCCGAGCCGGAGGCGCCCCAGCUUCACGCGGAGAUAUUCUCUUCCCCUCUUAAAGGCGAGACCCCGGCUACCAAUCGCAAGCGCCGUACAAGCAGCAUACCUCAUAUGACUCCGAAGCCAGGCAUCAGUGUCCUGACACCAGCGAAGAAGCUCACUGGAAAGUCCGCCAUUUUCGAUAGCGAUGACGAUCUCGAUAAUGAGGAUGAGUUUGGCUACAGCCCGCCUAAGACUAUGCAGUUCCAUAUCCCGCAGAGUCGACUCAUGAAAACUCCUGCCAAAGAAGCAUCCAGACGCAUAGUCGAAGAUCUCCUUGCAACCGCAGGCGGCGACGACAUCAGCGAUACCUACGACGAACAAAGUCCGAGCGUCAUCGGCCGCGCCAAGGCAUUAGAGGACGAGACGUUCUAACGGCAUGAAAUACGUAUGAAGAUAUAGCUAUCUGGUAGCAUCUUAGCUGAUUAUGUCUCGUGCUGUACAUAUCAUACUUCACUAUCCAUUUCAUGUCAGGCA